AUGUCGUUAGACAUUGGCAUGGACUCGCUGUCCUUCAUCAUCAACCAUGUUUUCCUCCCACCAAAGCUCCCACAGGAGGCCGAGGCCGAUCUCGGAGAGAGAAAUCCUACCCUAUUGAGGGUUGUGCGGGACAUCGCCGAAUCUUAUCACGAGAGGAGGGUUCACGACAGGGAUGAGCAGUGGACGCCAGCCGUCAAGAUGCUCACGACACUUGGCCAGCUCGUGAAUAAUAACUCCCUUGACCCGAGGGCCUUCCGCAAGUCGGUGAGGCAUAUGAAAAGGGGAGAUGUGUUAGCACUCCAUAUUGGCGCGCAGAAUGCCGGCCUCAUCCUACGUCAGCUAGAGGAUACGAUGGUGUUUGAGUCCUUCGAAGCAUCCCCACUCACGGAGAAGGUGAUACAAACGGUAGGGAAGCUCCGUUGCUCCUACCCUGGCCCAGCAAUUUCGGUGAGUCUAGAGAAGGUCAAGGACUCCGCCUUCCUCGACGAACUCGGGAUGUUUCUGGAGAAGAUGAAUCGGGAUGUCCUGGAGCAGGCAGCACCAAAGGCCGCGAAAGCAGGAUCUACCGUCUUGGAGGAUAGGGAAACGCAGAACCCGAAAUUCAUCACCGAGAUGCUUACGGGGAUCCUGAGAGGGAUUGGAAGCCCGGCAAACGUCCAGCGCAUCGAGAAACGUAUCGCCGACGAUGUCCUCUGGGACAACGCGCGGACUCCAUGGCGGCGGUCACCACUUUGGCUUGUGGUGAGGGUUGCGUUGCAGACUACGCUGCGAGACCCUGGUGGGGGGCAGAAGGAAUAUAAAUCGUUCAUGGUGUUCCUCAUGGCCAGGCUGUUGGAUUGGGCGUUAUCCAUGCAUGAUGUUUCUAGCGAUGUCCUAUUUGUCAUGAAUGCGAAGCUGAGCCGGCGAGUCCAUAAAAUGCGCAAAGGGGGCUUACAACAUUUUGCCUUGCUAGAGGCACGUAGGGUGUGUGAUCGGGCGCACGAUACGUUGGACAAUAGAUGGACUCAAGCACAACAAUAUUACUCCAGCCCAUUCAAUUGGAAUCCAAUGUCUUUCUCUGCCGAGAAAGAUGUGCGACUUUCGAUGGACAAUACUAAAAAAUACUUGGGAGAAGCAAGGAAUCUAGGGGUUAGAAAACGGAAGCCCAAUUCCUUUACGCCAAACGAAUCCAAACGGAUCAAUACAACCUCAGCUCGUUUGCCGCAGCUUGGUAGCCUCAAGGGCAACCCAGAUAAGGAACUUAUAUUGGCAGACUUUGAGCUUUGGGUGAAGAAUAAUCUGGGAAAAUGGUUCAAUUAUAUUACGGACUACAGCAAUGCCUGCGAGAGGCUUGGAGAGGAAAUAGAGGAUUACAUCACGGCCGCAAAGCCAUCGCCCUCGUCCAACCCAGAAAGGAACUCGGUAUUCAUAUUGACAAUGAUGGAACUCUGGGUCGCGCUCGAUAAGAUUACUUUGGAACUUCACCCGCUCUUAUCCAGUUACUAUCCAGGAUUCCGGGAUGACUUCCUUACCCCCCUCCUGCUACCUCAGGCUCAGCAAAGAAUCCGCCUCCAUAAGCUCGAGGAAUACCUAAAAGCUCGCAAGGUUGGAACAUAUCAAGAAACCUCCGAUUCGGUGUAUUCAAGUGUCGUGACCGAGAGAUCAUUUGCCGUGCGGUACUUCGAUUCCUCGGAUGAACACCGGCGCCUUCGACGUCAGAUACUGGAUGAUGCGAAAAAGGAUAUGAUUAGAAAGGAGCUCCAACUUGAGGAUAAGGAGAUAGAGUACGAAGACUUGCUCGAAACCGCCGAUGGGUUGCCUUGUGAGUGUGUUACCAUUUGGGAGGAGGGAUGGACGCAAAAUCGCCAGAUAUGCAGGAGAUGUCUUUUAAUUAGCUCUGCAGAAAGGAUGAGGAUAGAGGUGUUUGAGAUGCCUCUCCCCGAAGAUGUUCUUAUGCAGAAGGCUAUAGUGUUCGAGCUCCGAUGCCCAUUAGGAUUUUCCAUAUGGAGGGACAUGACAUUCAAAGUUCUGACUGAAGUCUGUGCACCACCCAAAACCCCCCCGGGCGAUAUCCAUGAUCCUCUCGAAGCCCUUGACACCUACCUCGGCUUACAAAGAUAUAUGAAAGUCACUCAACGAUCCAGGCCCCAGAGCCUUCAGUGGUCCUCGUUCACCAAAUCAUUUCUCAAAUCCCACUACCGCUUUGUCAGGCUCCCUACAACUAUAGGGUCGCUUCGUGUGAAUAAUGGAUUGCGUUAUGGACUCUACGACAGGGAGGGGGGGAAAUGGACCCACCAAGCCAUCGGCGGGUACAACAUUCGAAAUUCCUGUACAUUCAGACUCCCUGAUGGCCCUUACAAGAAAUUGCAGUACACCCUUACGUCAACUACCCACCCUCCAAAUGCAGUUAUCUCCAGGCAGUCGGAAUGUCCAGCAGGUAUUCAGCUUCACGAAUACAUUGCAUUUGGACUUGUGCGGUCAGGUCACCGCGUUCAAUGGUUAAAUAUGCUACGAGAGCUCAGAAGCCGUACCCUCACAUUCAAUAGUGACGCCGUCAAUAUGCUGUUUUCGCAGUGUGCUUGGCAAGCCGGGCCCCAGGGACCCCCGGGAUCUUUAAAGACGCUAAGAGAAUCUCAUAUUGACCUCAAGGACGAAGAGUUUGGGCAAAGGAUUCUUUCCGAAUUGGUUGAUUUCCUCGCAAUUAUAGAGUCAAACUGGCAAGAGGUCAUCGCAGCGCAGACCCUGAUCAUGUUGGCGACUCAGCUCCUCACCUUUGCCAGCCAUAAGUCCAUCACUGCGGGUGCUGCCAGCUUUUUGCGUGACGCGCGCAGGGUAUGCUUGGGUUGGACACGAGAACUAUCUACCAAGCUGCGGGACUGCAAGCCCCAGGAGAUGAGAGAACUUCAGCUUCGUAUUGUGCAGGCAGCGGCAGUCUGCCGAGAAACCUACAACGUUGAGCAGGAACACCUGGACGACUUACUCCAUUCCCGGGAGGAUGUUGCUGUCCUUGUCGAAUGCGCCAUAAUCAUCCACGAUAAUGUCUCUGCCAUCAACGGUGCCCUGCCACGUCCAGUAUGUAUUCUACUCGAUCGAGACUGGAGGUUGGCUCAUGCAAUCGAAGCCCACGUCCGUUCUCUGAUUCUCAAAGAUCGAAUCGGCUUAGACCUUGCAUUCGUGUGGAGUGCAUACGGACGCAAGUGUUCAUGGAUCAGCUUAGCAGCGCCUAACACCAGAUGGGUGGCGUCUAUGGUUGUGGGCUCCGAGAACCUAUCUCAGAAAGUGUGUUACAAUGUGCUUACGGGCAAACUACUUGUCGAUGGAUUACCGCUUGGUAAACUACCGCCGGAUUAUGUUUCUCAUCCAACAUAUGAGGAGUUGUUCGGCGAGAAAGUUCUUGAUGUUUAUCCGUCAAAGAUGGACGGAAUGGUAUUUCAGACAAAGCAAGCGAUGUAUGGACACGAUGUGGGGUUCGCAAUGCACGGAAAGGAGCUUAUCAUUCGGAUUCGGAGGAGAACGGACUCAGUGGUACACCAGCUUAUCCCACGCGCUAAGUUGCAUGGGGACUUCCCAGGGCACAUUAUUGCAGGCCAUUUGCACUGGCUGGAGCUCUCAACAAAUAAGAUCGAAUUGCGAGACAAAAAGAGGCCAUGGGAACCAGAACACAGCCGGUAUAUCUCCAAUACGAACGGUUCUGCUCCCAGUGUGCUCCACCUCAGUGAAGAUCAACGAUUGGUCGAUAUCCGAAGUGAGACGACAGAAGCAAUUAACCUGAUGCUUGCUCCUCUUGAAUACAGAAGCUAUAUCGAUGUACGUUACGGGAAAGAUGGGACGGUAUCACCGAACUUACCUCGCCUCAAACUGGAUUUUUAUAUCAACGAGGGUCAAAAGUUGGAAUGCCGGCAGUUUCCAGGCAUGGUUGUUGAUAGUAAUCCGAAUAUCGGGACCCUGAUAGGGCUAGAAAACCGGCUUGUUGUGACUCAGGGGUCGAUACGGAGCGUGUUGAUCCCAUACGGUAAGGUGAAGUUCGAGCAGUUUGAAAGAGACCAUGUGAGGGUUGAGAUCGAUACUAGAAACGAACCUUGGCCGGUAAGAUAUCAUAUCUAUACCAUCGACACUGUGCUCGGUCGGCUAGUCGGGAACGGCAGUUUGGCAAGUCACCUUUACAAAAUAUACCUUCAUGCGGUGACGGCAUCGUGCCUGCCUGAUCCCCUCACCAGUCGAACGGGGACCGAGGAGGCUCUUUAUCUGCUUCGGGCCGCAGCAACAUGGUCGUUCCAAAAGCCGGAGAUCGAGGGGGUAGAGGCGGAGCUGUUUGGGCUCAUUCAGUCCCUGACCCCAGCGCGUGUUUAUUACCCGAAGCACAUGAAGGCUAUGCAGAAGAUAACCUGGAGCUGUCUGUCCCCGAUAGCACAGCAUGAUGAGUUCUCCAGCAUUGUGGGGGAUGUUUUGGCUCAUGCGCGUCGCUUUCGAAUGUUCGGGGAAGGGCGGGCUGGAUCCAGUCCCUCGACAUUCAACAAGGAACCCCGCGAGCCAGCGCUCUUGGAGAGAGCUGCUCACCGUAACGCGGGUUUCCGCACAUAUGAAUUCGGCGGCGCCAGGGGGGCAGAGAAGAGGGAUGCUGUUUAUGAGGCGCGUGAUGUGCUUGGGAAGGCGUCUAUGGAUGAAGCACGUGCUUGUUACAUCUCUGCUAUGGUGGAGCGCUGGCCAUCGACACUGAACGUUUGCUCGAACUUGAUGGGUGUAUUUGAGAAGUGGGGAGAGCUCGGGAGCAAAACGGUUGACCUUCGUUAUGAUCAGAAAUGGUUGGAUCAAGAUCUCGCGGAGGUUUGGUUUGAACUAUACCAGUAUCUCACCGUGAGCACCAAGAAGGAUCAUACUUACAGAUUGAUGUUCCUGCUCAGCACAAUUGCAUACUCAGACUCAGGCAAGACGAAGAUGGACCUUAUCGAGAGCUUACUGGCAUUCGAUACAGUGGAUCGCUUUCGAUGGUUGGGCCUGCCCUCCUUCUCAUCCUAUAACCUUGAACAAGGAUUUAAGCCCGAUCCUCAAACUUUGCAUGACGCGAUCAAGGAAUGUUUCACGGAAUAUGAAGACAGUGCUGAGGCCGAUCUGCAGGCCACAGUGGGUGAGAGCGGUUAUGAACUUGGUGCUCGGCGAUACCAGACUUACUGCUGGAACAGGGGGGAGCAAUCGAAAUCCUUUGUCGAUGAUGUGAUCUCUCAAUGGCCUUGUCAGACCCCACACAGACCAGCACGUGGGCUUCCUCUGCUGAAUAUUUCGGUCGCUAUAGUAAUGAUCACGAUACACUUCAGAAACUGGCAUAGGAACUCGGACCUCCAACGCCAUGUGCGCAGAGUUCAAGAUGCCCUAGACAAGGUGAAUCUAGAGGGGAAACGAACCUUUCAGGUUUAUAGCUUUGAGCCAUGCAGGGAGGCGUCCCCGUCUGUAGACGGUACAGUUCCUCUUGAAAACCUGCUCCACAAGACCCCCCCAGAUCUACCCGUGCCUCCUCCUCCUAUAGCCGUUGGGCGAGACCCUGUCUCCUACGGUCGCGCGCCAAAAGGAGCUUCUGAGCAUAGUGGUUUCGAGUCCCUUCUUCGAGAUUUUGAGACUUCAGAGAGUCCGGGUAGCUUUUGGGGGAUAUACGUUAAGGGCUUACAGGAGAGUUUUAAGGCUCUUAAAGAUUUACCCAGCUCUGCAGAAGGAGGCAGAGCGCUAGUAUCGAUAAACAUGUUGGAAUCUUGCGAGGCCGAGUGUGAGAAAUAUAUGAAGGGAGUGUUUAGUGCUAUUCGGGAAAGGCUUCUUCCAAAACGAGACGGGAAAGGUUGGAUGAUAUACAGAGCCGGUCUGUGGCCACGGAUCUCGCCGAUGCUGUUGCUCCAACAAUUAGCGACGAAUGGACCAGUCCAAUUAACUAACAAGUGGAGAGAGGUACUUGUCACUUACGGUAAAGCAAUCUCUAUGCUGCAACGAUCACAGCGCCUCCUCAAGCAUGCUCGAGAAGGGGCCUCCGUGGACCUUUGUAAGGAACUGGAAAAUCCCGGGCAUGAGGGCUGGGAUCAAAUGGAAAAAGCGGACUGGCUAUUGAUGGAAAUCGAGAAUAGCCUUCUUGUGCGACCAGUUCAGGUAGGCAUAGCGUCCAGGAUGAUCUCACCAGACAACGGUGAGAAUACACUCAUGCAACUUUGUAUGGGCGAGGGAAAGACGUCAAUUAUCGUCCCACUUACUGCCGCCUACCUUGCCGACGGCGAGAAACUGGUUCGAGUCGUCGUGUUGAAGCCAUUGAUCGGGCAAAUGUUUCAAAUGCUGGUCCAAAGGCUGGGGGGCUUGAUCAACCGACGGAUCUACUUCCUGCCGUUCUCCCGUGGGGUCAAGAUGGGAGUAAAUGAGGCGCGUCUAGUUCAUGACCUUUUUGAGGAGUGUAUGGAGAAGAGAGGCAUCUUACUAGCCCAGCCAGAGCACAUAUUAUCUUUCAAGCUUCUGGGGCUGGAAAGGUUGUACAGCACUGAACACGCGCCCAAAGCCGGCACCAACGCCCCACGAGAUAUGAAAGACGUGCACGCGGUUGCUCAACAGCUGCUUGAAACCCAGCGGUGGCUAAGGAAAAAAUCAAGAGAUAUCCUGGACGAAAGUGACGAGAUUUUAAGCAUCCGACAUGAACUCAUAUACACCAUCGGGAGUUCAAGACCUAUUGAAGGCUAUCCUGACCGUUGGAUAGUUAUUCAACAGAUUUUGGAUCUUAUCAGGCAACAUCUCCGCGAUGCAGGUUCCAACCCCCGAGAUUUUGAGGUAGAACAUUCCCCACAUGAGGGUGGCUUUGACUCAAUACGUAUCCUGGAUGUUUUGGCGGGGCGAAGGUUAUUCAAAAAGAUUGCCUCCAAAAUCAUCGCAGGUCAUCUCCCCGCAUUUUCCUUCCGGUUCCUGCCCGAGCAUUUACAAAAAAUGGCGGAGAAAUUCAUCACAGACCCAAGGUUACGUGAGGAUGAGUGUGUAUUCCUACUUUUACAGUAUCAGGAUAAUCAAGUCUCAACCGGUAUCCUCUAUUUACUAAGAGGCCUCAUUGCUCAUAAGCUAUUGCUCUACGUGUUGCAUUAUAAGAGAUGGAAGGUCGAUUAUGGGCUCGAUCCCAAGCGCUCGAUGCUUGCAGUCCCUUAUAGGGCAAAGGAUUGUCCCUCUGGGCAGUCAGAAUUCAGUCAUCCAGACGUUGCAAUAACCGUGACUUGCCUCAGCUACUACUAUGGCGGAUUGAGUGAAAGUCAGCUGGAGAUGUGUUUUCGUGAUGUGUAUAAAUCCGAUAAUCCAACAAUGGAGUAUGAGCGUUGGUUGGAAAGAGUUUCUGUGACUAAUCAUAGCUUCAAGUUAAGAUGCUUAAACGCCAUCAACCUGGAGGAUAGGAACCAGUGGAAGGUGGAGAUUUUUCCCACCUUCAGAUACAACAAAGCGGUCAUUGACUUUUAUCUUUCCGGGGUGGUGUUUCCUAUGGCAGCUAAGGAAUUCUCUGAGAAGCUUUCAACGUCCGGCUGGGAUAUAGCGGAGAAGAAGGACCUUCACCCAACGACAGGUUUUAGCGGCACCAAUGAUAAUCGAUACCUUCUCCCCCUAUCAAUUAGUCAAGUAGACACUGGAGAGCAGCUCAAUACCAACGCCAGAGUUCUUAGUUAUCUAUUGCAGCCUGAGAAUAGUUAUAGAUUGGCCGAAGGGACUUGCGGUGAACGCCUUAAUGUCAAACAGUUACUGAGGUUGGUCACAGAUUCCGACAAGGAUAUGAAGGUUAAGGUAUUACUAGAUGUUGGUGCUCAAGUGUUGGAGUUGCGAAACGAGGAAGUUGCGACGGAAUGGCUGAGGAUAGUACCGGAGAACUACGCUAAAGCUGCUGUAUAUUUUAACGACAAUGACGAGUUGACCGUAGUAGCUCGUGAUGGAACCACAGAGGCACUUAUGAUCUCUGCUUUCGCCGAUCAACUGGACAGAUGCCUUGUGUAUCUUGAUGAAGCGCAUACCCGGGGUACAGACCUCAAGCUCCCAAGCAAGAGUAGGGCGGUAGUAACCCUCGGGCCAAACUUGACAAAGGACAGGCUUGUACAAGCGUGUAUGAGAAUGCGAAAACUGGGAAACGGCCACUCAGUCUUGUUUUGCGGGCCUCCAGAAGUCCAUCGAAAAAUCCUUGCGCUGGCUAAGAAGGCGGAUCCUCAGCCCAUUGAGGUUCGCGACGUUUUGCACUGGUGUAUGAUGGAAACUUGUAGUAAUGCCCGCAGGCUAUUGCCAAUAUGGGCAAAACAAGGGAUUAGUCAUGCCAAGCGCUAUAAGGCAUGCAAUGACCUUCGACUAUCAUUCCCACAUAUCCUACUCGAACAAGAAUCAAAAUCGCUGGAGGAGCAUUACGGGUUUAAGCGGGCUAAGAGUGAUAUUCUGCCAACAUGGCAUUCAACACGAAAAACAGACGGCAGUGAGUUUCAUGCAAUUCAGCAGAAGUGCAAGGAGUUCGGCGUGAAAUCGUUCGGAGGAGCUCCGAUGCUUGAAGAGCAAGAGCGAGAGCUGUCUCACGAGAUUGAGUCCGAACGAGUACUACAGCGCCCCCCGAAGGCUGAUCCUAUGAAUCACCAUGUCACAAAAGGCCUCGGAGAAUUGGUAGAUAAUGGGUGCCUACCGCCACAUGCCCGCCGCUGGGAUACCUUUAUUCCCGCCUUCCGAACACUCCGCGAUACCUCGGCCAAUGACUAUAUGGAAUUAGCCUCAUGGCCCGAGACAAUUCUUGUAACAAAUGAUUUUGCUACUGUUGUAGGCAAGCGGGACACUGGGUUGGACGAGUAUCUUCGACCUGUCAACUGGAUUUUAUCGAUGAAUAAUGACCCUUCAACCUUGAUCAUCCUAAGUCCCUACGAGGUCAAUGACUUACUACCUCUCAUACGCCAGUCGAGAUCGGUUAUCCUACACAUGUAUUCUCCACGAACUGCAAAGGCUAGCCCGUCAUAUGAUACUCUAGACUUUUGCACGAUCCCCCGACUGCCUAAUUCAUGGCAGCGAAACAGUGAAUUGAUCGACUCGGUCAACACCUUUGCUGGUCAGUUGUACAUUUCAGAUUACGAGACAUACGAGAGAAUAUGUGGGUUCUUGGGGCUAUAUUUGAAGGAACUGCCGCAAGGAAUGCACGUGGAUAUAGGUAAUGAUGGCUUUGUCGAGCAGUCAGGUCGCAAAUCACUGUGCAUGGAAAACUCAACCUUCACCAAAAGUCCCGUUCCGUUUCUGCGGGUAUUACUAGGGAUGCGUCGUAAAGGGCAGAGCUACGCUGCGACACAUAUGGGACAAAUAUUGAACGGGAGAUCGCUAUCUGAAAAAGACUUUGGGUAUGAGAAAGGUGAGAGCAAAGAGGGGGAGAAUACUGGUGGAUUAUAG